AUGGUAACCACACGAGGGCCUGGUGUGGGGAGAGGACGGACGUCAUUCGUGGCGGAAAAAGUUGAAGAGCCAUAUUUAAUUAAAGCACCGUUCCGAAAAGCCCCUUUGCCGCCAGCACGGGGAUGUCAAGGAGCCGGCUUCGCUCCGCGCGCAGAGGGGAGAAACUCGCCCUUCGCCGCCGCCCGGGAGAGGAGCCCCCGCCGGGUUACUUCUUUUCGAGGAGUAGCUGUUCGCAGCCUCUGCACAUCCUCCUCUCAUGAUCACCCAGAACAUGGAAGAUUAGUUUACAAAGGAAAUUUGGCAAGGGCAGUGUUAGGCGUGAAGUUUUUCUCCUACUCCACCAGCAUAUUCAACCUUUUCAUGAUGCCCUACAUUAUGCUCAAAACUGGGAUUGGGUUUGAAAGCCUGUUCCUACAAGCUGCCUUUUACGGGUUGAUCGGGUUUUUUACAUUCAUCACACCAGUUACUUUGCACAUCCUCACCAAGGGCUACGUGGUUCGGCUCUAUUACAAAGAUGAGGUGGACAGGUACACGGCCAUUACGUACAAUGCCAUCUUGACAGAAAAAGCAACUGUUUUCCAUCAGAAAGACGUGAAGAUUCCAGACAUCACCAAGAUGUUCACAACGUUUUACGCCAAAACAAAAUCGAUGCUUGUUAAUCCAACGCUUUUCCCGAAUCCUCAGGAUUAUCACCAUCUCAUGGGCUAUGACAAAUCCUUGUAUUUUAAUUUAGAGGAGGAAAAGGAAGAUGGUGAAAGAAAAUAA